CUGAAAACACUCUGCGCCUGAUGCAGAACAAGCUGAAGGAGGAAGAGAAGCGCCUGCUCCGGAGUGGAAGUAAUGAUGACUCGGACAUUGACAUCCAGGAAGAUGACGAAUUUGACAGUGAAUUGGAGGAGAGGCAGCUGUCCAAGCCGCGGACGGCCAUGGAGGUGCUCAUGCAAGGAAGACCCGGCAAACGCAUCGUGGGCACAAUGCAGGGCGGAGACUCUGAUGACGACAUGGAAGCAGCACCAGCUCUCUUAGGUAAAUGCAAGAAUUCCAGCUCCAAGAAGCAGGAGGACUCUGAGGACAGUGAGAUUGACAUGGAGGGUGAUGAAGAAGACGACGAUUUGGAAGAUGAGAGUGUUGCUCUCUCGCCAGCUAAGCCCAGUCGAAGAGUCCGGAAGCCUGAGCCCCUGGAUGAGAGCGACAAUGACUUCUGACCCUCUUGCCCAAGGGACCAGACUGAUUAAAUCCCUCAGAUCUAUAUAGGUAAACAGGAAGUUGGAAGGUUAGGAAGGAAACCUAUUUUGUUCACUAAACUAGUUGGACUCAGUAAUGAAGCAACACCUAGUUGUUCUUUAGCCUCCUCUGUGUUAUUCCACAGAGCUUCAAUAAGAACUGAAGUAAGCCCCAAAGAGAAUGUGUUUUUUUGCCUUAUUUAUGUCCUGAAACUUAGGGAAUGCAUGUGUUCUUAGAGAUGCACAUGCACGGGACAAACACCCAAGGAGAAAUAAGGGUUGGCACCGUCAGAUCUUGGCUGCUGUUGUUGUGAUGUGUUUGCCUCUCAGAGUCGGGGGGACCGACGUGGGGCUGGACACCAGGACUCAGUUUAGGAAUUGUGGGGGAGCGUACAGUUUUGGACAUUUACUGUAUAUCGGCUUUUAAUUCUAGCUUUUAUUUAGUUGUCUUAUUUUCUUCUGUAUGUUCACAAUACCAAGCUUGUUCUGAAUGAAAGUUAGCUAAGUCAGAUGAAAACCCACUUUUGUUAAAGAUCAGAUAACAGAGAGAUGCUCCAGAAUAUAAAUGCUCCAUUUUCUCUCAGAAGGUUGACAUUCCUCCUUAGGAAAGCAAAUUAAGGAAGAAAUGUUGGUACACACUUGUGUUUCUGACUCUAAAAAGAUGAACCAGAAUGUAUUAGGUUGAGUAGCACUAGAAUAAUUACCCUGAUGUGAAAUGAGAAGUAACAGGUGGAGUUGUUUUGUUUUUCUGAUAUGGAAAACAGAGCAGUUUUCAUUUAUUUUUCACUUAUAAAGUCAGAAGACUUCUGAAGUUACUUGGCUCAUAAUAAAUGUAUUUAAUUCCUUGUUUUUAUAUCAUUAAAUAAGUUUUACUUGAAAG